AUGGAGCGCCACAAAAUUGGCAAGGUCACGCCCACACGCCGCCUUCCCACGAGUUCAGCAAGGGUUUGUGGAACAUUGUUUCCGUCAACCAACACAUUGUGCGGCCUGGAGCUAUCCUCGAGAAAAAAGCAAGGGAAACUGGGCAUCACCGGAGUUUCUGCCACCCGCCAAGACACGGCGGUCAUCAACGGAGACGAGUCAAGACGCUUCGGCCCCAGCUGGUCCCGGCUUUCUGGGCGCGACGGGACUCGCUGUUUGCUCGGGGCUUGGUCGACCGAACCCUGCUCCGAACCCCGCAACAUUACCCGUCUUCCGGCCCAUCCCUGCCACUCCCCACAAACGUCUUGA